GCCACAGCCAACUCAACUUCGACCUUCGACACCAUCGCAUUGACUUUUAUUUGGAAACCCCGCCCGCGCUGUUCCGGUUUCCCGUCGCGUCCAGCUCAUCAACGGAAUCGUAACACAAUCUCACAUCUCAGUUGCGAUAACAUCAACACGCAGCAAAGAUGGGCAAGAAGAAGCGCUCGUAUCCCGACAUCGAGGAGGUCCUCUCGCGCCCUUGGUGCUACUACUGUGAGCGAGACUUUGAGGACCUCAAGCUCCUCAUCUCCCACCAGAAAGCGAAGCACUUCAAAUGCGAUCGGUGCGGCCGCCGUCUCAACACAGCCGGAGGUCUCUCCGUGCACAUGAACCAGGUCCACAAGGAGGCGCUCAACCAAGUGGAAAACGCGUUGCCGAACCGACAAGGCCUCGACGUCGAAAUCUUCGGAAUGGAGGGCAUCCCGCAGGAGACGCUGGAACAGCACCGCACCCGCAUCGUGCAGAACUUCUACCAGGCGCAGGAGGACAGGCGGAUCGCCACGGGCAACCCGCAGCCGGGCCAGGCGAAGCCGCCGAGGAAGAAGGUCAAGAUGGAGACGCCGGAGGAGCUGAAGAAGAGGCUGGCCGAGCAUAAGGCGAAAGUCGCGGCUGCGAAAGCGGCUGGUGUGAGCGGGAGCCCUGUGGCGGGCGCUGCUCCUUUGAGCGUCAGUCCCGGUGCAAUUAACAAUUCACCCUACCCUCCCCCCCAAGUUCCCUACGGUACCGCACCAACCGACCAGCAAUUCCCCGCCGCCGCCGCCGCCGCCGCCGGUGUGGCCGUCCCUCCUGGCGCGCAACCGUACACGCAACAACCCUACCCGGCUGGCGGCUACCCCGGAUACCCCGCGACGGCGGCGGCAUCGCUCCCCACGAGGACCCCGGGCAGCGUCGAGCCGGCUUCGGGCCUACCACAACGUCCUUCUUACGGGAACGGCGCAGCGGGCGGGGCUGUGGGCGACGAGAUUGAUCAGCUUAUUCGGAUGGCGGAGUCGGGGGUCAGGCCGGCGAGGAAACCGGAGGAGGGCGAGGGAGCGGCGACGGAGAAGAAGUCGAAGAAGGGUGGUAGGAUGGUGUACUCGGAUGAUAAUGUUAGUCCCGAGGAGAGGAUUGCGCAGCUAUCCCGGUAUGCGUGGGUGCCGCCUGUGUCGUAGUUCUUCUUUUUCUUGCACUUUUUUCGGCUUUUCUCAUCUUAGUUGAGAGACGGUUGGGUGUUUAUCAGGGGGUUACAUGGGCGCAGUAAGCGGUUGUAGUUGUCGUAGGGAGGGCAAUGUAAGACUACGGUAUGACUACUGUGAAAAGCUGACCUGGGAAUGAAAACGAAGGGCUCCUCGUGACGUGCAAAUGUCCGGUGUUGCUCUUCACUUACAACAUUGAACGCAUGCAACCCCCAUGGCAUGACAUUGGCAGGUC